AUGGGCGGCGCGUUGGCCAAGCCGACGGAGCGAGACGCCAAGGGGAAGGUUGUUCUUAUAACGGGGUGCUCCAAUGGAGGAAUUGGCUACGCCAUUGCCGAGGAGUUUCAGCGCCGCGGUGCGAACGUGUUCGCCACGUCACGACGGGUCGACACGAUGAAGGGGCUGAAGGAGAAAGGGGUGCACACGCUGGCUCUCGACGUCACAUCUGAGCCGUCCAUCCAGGCAGCGGUCAAGCAAGUGACGCAAACAGCAGGGCGGGUAGACGUGUUGGUUAACAACGCGGGGUGUGGCCUGCCGGGCCCACUGGCAGAAUUACCCUUGGCGAGGAUCAAAGAGGUGUAUGACACAAACCUGUUUGGGGCAUUGGCAUUGUCACAAGCUGUGUUCCCCUACAUGCACGAGCAGAAGAGCGGGCGAAUCAUCAACGUAUCCAGUGUUGCUGGUUACACUCACAGGCCCUUUGUGGGGACGUAUGGGAGCAGCAAGGCGGCGUUCAAUGCGGUUACCAACUGCAUGCGCGUGGAAAUGAAACCGCUGGGGAUCGGCGUUGUGCUUGUGACACCCGGAUACAUCCGCACCAACAUUUUCAGCAAAAAUGUCUCUCACAUUCCUGUCCUCCCGCCAUCAAGCCCGUUUAAGCCCAUGGAGAUUAAUAUCCGCGAGUCGUACGCCAAGCGGGCCGAGAACCAGUCAUUUCCACCCGCAUCUGAGCUGGCAAAGCGUAUCGCUGAUGCAGCACUCAGCCCAAAUCCCCCAAUUAGGGUUUUGUUUGGAACGAGUGCGCUUCCUGCUGUAGUUGCAGGGGCGAUGCCUCUAUGGUUUCAAGAUUUUGCGUAUUCCCGGUUGUUUGGCAGUGGGAAAAAUCUAUAG